AUGCUGGCGGAUGCCGAAUCCACCGGUGAAACCGUUUCACCGCCGAGAUGUGGGCAACAAUCUAGAAAUCGGGAGCAAAUCAGCAAAUACAGUCUCCUGAAGUAUGAUACAGUAUGUUGGAGGCCUCGAAUCUAUCGGUCCGCCGAAUCAGAUGACAGCGACGAGUCCGGCGGGAGCAGUGACUCCUCGGAGGAAAGCAACAGACCAGCUAAAAACAUGACACCACCGCCAACCACUACCACCACGACCACCACGGCCACUCCUACCACCACGGCUACUCCCACCACCACUGCCCCGACCACAACACCCGCAACCACACCAUCUACCACGACGUCUGCAACAACUCCAACUCCAACGACUACGCCAAUGAUAACUAGUCCAACGGUACCAAUACCGGUCUUAACCACAUGUGUACCGCGUGGUGAUAUUGGGUUCGACUGUUUUCCAGUCACUCCUGUCAGCCCGUAG